AUGCAAAAACUCAAAGUGACCAAUCGUAUAUGUCGACUUCCUGGUCGUCUGGAUGGAAAAUUAGUUAUUGUCACUGGAGCGAAUAUUGGUUGUGGACUUGAAUUGACUGGUGAAUUAGCUAGACGUGGUUGUACUGUAAUUAUGGCAUGUCGUGAUUUAGAAAAAGGUUAUUUGGCCAAAGAAUUACUACUGGAUCGAUAUGGUGAUCGUAGUCAAGAGAAAUGGAAAACAUCACCAGCUGGUCCUGGAGUGGAACCAUUUCUUGAACCGAUUAAAACAGCACAGUUAAUUGUGAAACAUCUCGAUUUAGCAUGUUUAGAAUCAAUUCGUCAAUUUGCUAAAGAUAUUCUACAACAAUUUAUACGGCUAGACAUUCUCAUACAUAAUGCUGGUAUCAUGGCGACAAGUUAUAUGGAAACACAUGAUGGUUUUGAAUUACAAAUGGGUGUAAAUCAUUUAGGCCCAAUAUUAUUAACUGAGUUAUUAUUACCAUUAUUGUAUCAAGGCAAACCAUCACGUGUAAUCAUCGUGGCCUCGAAUCUAUAUCAACAAGGUAAUAUUGAUUUUGAAAAUUUAAAUUUACGCGGUGAUCAAUAUGGACCAUUUAAAGCGUAUAAUCAAUCGAAAUUAGCCAAUAUAUUAUAUAUACGUGAAUUAGCUAAACAUUUUGAUAAUUUAACUGUGAUUCCAAUGGCUGUACAUCCUGGUGCUGUACGUGCUGAAAUAUCUUAUACUGGAGAUCAUAGAUAUCAACUAUUUAUACGUACUUUCGGUAUAAGUCCAUGGGAAGGUGCACAAACUGCAUUAUAUUGUGCUUUAAUCAAUGAUCCUGUACCAGGUGGUUAUUAUUCCAAUUGUGAAAGAGAAGAAUUAACUGAAAUCGCUUUAAAUGAAUCACUCAGUCGUAAAUUAUGGGAUGUAACACGUGAAAUGGUUGGUUUACCGCCAAAUCUGUUAACUUUACCACCUUGA